GGGGUUUCAGCCAAGACUGCUCUACCAACCCAACCCACUAUACAUUUACAAAUAUCCAUUCCCGAACCCAGAUUCGAACCAGGGACACUUUAGUACCGCGGCAGUCGCGCUUCCACGCCACACAGGCAGGAGUAUUUUACAGAACUUGAUAGUUACCUAAACGGAAACGAUGUCCUCUAAGGUUGCAGUGGUAACAGGAUCAAACAAAGGAAUUGGACUUGCAAUUGUAAAAGGCCUUUGCGAGAAAUUUGAUGGGAAAGUUUACUUGACCUCCAGGGAUGUGGGGCGUGGGCAAGCGGCAGUGAACGAACUGAAAUCGUUGGGUUUCAAUCCAUAUUUUCAUCAACUUGAUAUCGAUAAUGAAGAAAGUGUUACAUCAUUUCGUGACUACGUCAAAACCAAAGAGGGAGGAAUUGACAUUUUGAUUAACAAUGCCGGAAUUGCCUUUAAAAAUAAUGCUACGGACCCAUUUGGAAUUCAAGCCGAGGUUACACUUAAAACCAACUAUUUUAACACUCUGCGUGCAUGUGAAAUUUUGUUUUCUAUAUUACGCCCCCACGCGCAAGUAGUAAACGUUUCCAGUUCCCUUGGACAUUUAUCUAAAAUUUCAUCUGUAGAGCUUCGAAGUAAACUAAGUGACCCAAAUUUAACGAUAGACCAGCUGAAUGAACUAAUGAAUCAAUUUAUACGGGAUGCCAAGAAUGAUAAACACGUCGAAAUUGGUUGGGGAAGUUCUACGUAUGCUGUAUCCAAAGUUGGUUUCAGCGCUCUAACCAUUAUCCAACAAAGAUUACUUGACAAGGAUAAUAGAAAUAUUUCAGUUAAUCAUGUUCAUCCCGGAUACGUUGACACUGACAUGUCAAGUCAUAAGGGUAUUCUAACUGUGGAGCAAGGCGCCUCAGCCCCACUUUUUUUGGCUUUAGGCGGACAUAACUUAAAAGGGCAAUAUGUUUGGUUUGAUUCCAGUGUUGUUGAUUGGUAUGCGCCUGAUACGCCCAAAGAAACGUUAUAAUUUAUUCACUGUUACUAUUAUGUACAUCUUUUUUGUUUUUUAAGUAUUUUUGCGCAUUAAAAUACUGUA